UCAACAGAUUUCUCAUACCUCACAGAUUUUGAAAUUAAUGAUUUUGAUAUGGCUGGCUUUAUGGAUAUUGUGAGUGAGUUGGGUUUAACUGCAGAUGAUAUUUCACAGCAGGGUUACCCUGAACCCCUUGCCAGCAAUUCCUUUCAUUAUGCAGGUCCAUGUAAUUCAACUGGGUGUUCACAAUAUACUAUGCAGCAGCUUCCACUACAUCCAAACUACUGCUCUGAACACUCUUCUUUCCACCAUCCCUGGAGUUCUGUAAACCAUUCUUUUCCAUCCAAUUACAUACAGUGGUUUAAUUGUACUCAGCAUCAGAUGCACCCUCUUAAUAUCUCUGGGCAUCAUUCUGUUCCAUGUGAUAACAAUGAGAAAACAUCACAAUGUGUUCAACACAUGCAGACUAUUGCCAAUGGCUUUGGGGAUCCUUUUGCUCUGCCUAAUUACAAUGGGUUGCCACAAUUUACCCAGCAGCAGACACAAUCCACUAUCAAUGGGUAUUUACAGUCUAUAGAACAGAAACCUAAAGUCACUCAUAUGGAACCACUGCAAGGAGGUAAUCAAUUUCAGAGCAUAGGAGGUUUGAAGCAAGCAGACAUCUCCACGACACUGCAAAGGUUGAAUAGUGAGAAACCUACCAUGGUGGAAAUCAUGAGUGAAGAGACUAAAAUGAAAUCUUCAGAUGGUGGAAAAUUUCUCAUUCCCUAUACUGGAGGACAAAGAUCUUGCAACCAGGGUGUCAAUCCAAAUUUAUAUUGGAAUUUAACAUAGACAUUUUAUACCUUGCCUCUAAUGGAGGUAGACAAAAUAAGUUGCUGAUUACCACUCAAUACAAUGUUGGGGAUGAGAAAUUACUGAGAGAGACAAAUUCUUUA